AUGGUAGUCCAAAGAGAGGCCGAUAUCAGCCGAAUUUUGGGUAACAUUUACAUUGGUAGCAUUCAGCCUAUUUCCGAGCAUAUUCCUUUGAAUGCUCAGUAUAAUAUAACACAUAUUCUCUCGGUGAUAAAAUUUCAAAUUAUCCCAGAAUAUUUGGUAAGGAAGAAUUAUACUCUGAAAAACGUUGGAAUCGAUGACGAUGAUACGACAGAUAUUUUACAAUAUUUCAACGAAACAAACAAAUUCUUGGAUCACUGUCUGUUCCCCAACGAAAGAGAGUAUGAUCCGGCAAAAGUGGACUUCAAGCGGAAACCACAAGCAGGUGCAGCUUUGGUCCAUUGUCAAGCUGGUGUCUCAAGAUCAGCCGCUUUCGUUGUGGCGUACUUGAUGUACAGAUAUGGUCUCAAUUUGAAGACGGCUCUUCAUGCUGUGCGCAGAAAGAGGCCAUCCGCACAACCGAAUAACAAUUUCAUGGAGCAGCUAGCCAUAUAUGAAGCGAUGGGUUCUAAUGAGGUUACGAAUGAUUUUCAACAGUACAAGCAAUGGAGAUUGACGAACUCGGUUAAAUGUGAUCCUGCAGGACUAGAAAUCUUGUCAAGAGAUGACACUUUUAAGAAGGACGAAGAGAAGGAUUUGACUAAGAUGACUCCAGAAGAAUUGUCCCAAGUCAAAGUUGCACGUUGUAAGAAGUGCAGGCAAAGACUAGCACUUUCCACUUCUUUCAUUGCCCAUGAACCUCCAAGCAAAGAGUCGAUGGAAGGUCAUUUUAUCAGACGCGCCGCUAAUUCUCACAGAAUCAUAGGUAUUCAAGAGUCACAGAGCGUGUGCUCACAUUUCUUCGUGGAGCCACUGAAUUGGAUGAAAGAAGAAUUGCAAGGGAAGCAAGAGUUAGAAGGAAAAUUCUUUUGCCCUUCCUGUAGUACAAAGGUUGGUGGCUACAACUGGAAAGGGUCAAGAUGUAGUUGCGGGAAAUGGGUCAUUCCAGCUAUCCAUUUAAGAAGCAACAAAGUGGACCAGCUAUCGCUCUCAGCUCAAGUGCUGUCAAAUAAAACGCACUUUGAUCUCAGUCAAUAG